AUGCCUUCACACAUCCACCAAGUCGGCAGCAAGAUACAUCGCAUCGCCUGCAUCCCUGGCGAUGGCAUUGGCGUUGAUAUCACAGACGCCGCCACUCAAGUCUUGAAUGCCCUCGCAAAGGCCAUUGGCGGCUUCGAAUUCGAGUUCACCACCUUCGACUGGUCUUCCAAGAACUACCUAGAACGAGCAUGGUACAUGCCACCUGACGGCCUCGCCCAGCUCAAGGCCUUUGAUGCAAUCUAUUUCGGCGCUGUAGGCUGGCCCGACGUACCGGACCAUAUCUCGCUUUGGGGCUUGAUCUUACCCAUUCGAAAAGCAUUGAAUCAAUACGUCAACGUUCGCCCCACACGAAUCUUGCCCGGUACCAAAAGCCCAUUGGAUGGAUGCGCAGUUGGCGAUUUAGAUUGGAUCAUCAUCCGCGAAAACAGUGAGGGCGAGUACUCGGGACAAGGGGGUAUAAGCCAUGAAAAUAGCCCACAUGCUGUUGCGACCGAAGUCAGCAUUUUCUCUCGCGUCGCUCUCGAACGUAUAUUCCACUUCGCCUUCAAGACUGCUGUCGCCCGACCCCGUAAGCAUCUCACCAUGGUGACCAAGUCCAACGCCCAGCGGCACGGCAUGGUGCUCUGGGACAAGAUCUUCUACGAGGUUGCGAAGGAAUAUCCAGACGUUACAACUGACAAGAUGCUUGUCGACGCUAUGACUGUGCGUAUGGUGCUGCAUCCAAAGUCACUUGAUACUAUCGUCGCCACAAACCUGCAUGCUGAUAUCCUGUCUGACUUGGCUGCUGCGCUGUCUGGAUCCAUUGGAAUCGCACCAAGCUCAAACUUAGACCCGACCGGGGAAAAUCCGAGCAUGUUUGAACCGAUUCAUGGAUCUGCGCCGGAUAUUGCGGGUAAAGGAAUUGCGAACCCUGUUGGAGCGUUUUGGAGUGCGGCAGAAAUGGUAAGGUGGGUAGGAGAGGACAAGGCGGCGGAUGGGCUAAUGAAGGCGAUUGAGAACGUUACCGCCAGCGGGUGUAAGACGAAGGAUCUGGGCGGAAGCGAAGAUACCAAGGGUGUCACCGAUGCCGUGUGUAGGGAGAUUGAGACGUUGUUUGGUACAUCUUGA